AUGGGAAGCAUCCCGUGUAUAGAAGCUGUCGCUGGUCGUGAACCUGGCUGUGAGCUCUCCAGCAUUACAGCCAGGGAAAGCAGUUAUCAUAGAACUGAAUCGUCGAAGCAAGAAACAAGCCGUGGGGUACCGAUGCAGAGCAAUCAGACGGACAGCUUGGGGCACUCUGGUGUAGAAUCACUUGAUUUUUUUCCGGAACUUCACCGAAUAAUAAAUUUGGAUGAGUACAUUAAAACUGCCUCAUCGGCUGUACAUCUGCUCUUUGUUCUUCGACAAAUGAUAAAUUCCGAACCCAGUAAUCAUGCAUUCGCCUGGGGGAUCGUACAAGAGCUAUCAGAGCUCGCAUUAUUCGAAACAGGAGAAAACAACCUCCACAACAACCACUCAACCACAGCCAAUGAUCACCCACACUACCAAUCUCCCAAUCACGAAGAGCACGACAUACAACUACUCACAGGUAACCAUUUUGUAGACUAUCAUUGUAAGAGCACUACUGGAUCUGCUCCACAGCCUGCACCAGCAUCUCAGUCCAGCUAUCAGGCACAUAUGAGCAGACAUAGGGAGGAGACUCAUCGCGAGGAGACAAGCCGCCCUGUUUCGCAGCUCAGCCAAUUCAGUGAACAGAAGAGUUUCAAGAGGAAUGUGGAAGAGAAGACGGAAACCAAGACAAUCCCAGGAACGACCACCGUUUAUACUUCGGACGGCAACCGCAACUUUUCCGUUCAGGAUGUUUUCAACAAAAGAGAAGAAAUGAACGAAACUCUUCCAUUAGGAAGUAUUAGCAAUACACAUGCUAACACACAGGGUGGCUAUCGAGACCAACAGGGUCAUGACGUCUCUUACAAGCGUGAAACGCAAACUGCUGUUGACCCUGGCAAGGAAUAUGCCCUUCUAAAGGAGGAAGAAAAAAGGGUUGUGGAAACCGAUUUGGAGCCCGGUGUAAUCUCGAGGCACGUAACUACUAAGUAUUACAAGAAGAAAACUGUAACCGACACUACAACGACAACGACUCCACAGUGA